AAUUGAUCGACAUACCACUGCACCCAGUCCAUACAGAGUGUUGUGUGCAUCCAGACCCACGUCUUUGCCCGAUCUGAACCAUCAGCUGGUGUACAUCGUUGUUUUCAUCUCUAGCGGAAUUUUGAAGAGUGUCAAUCAUGCCUGUGUGUGAAAAAUGCAAGAAAACCAUCACUGGCACUAUUGUGACCGCCUUGGACAAAGAGUGGCAUGCCGAGUGCUUUAGAUGUGCCGAGUGCCGUUGUCAAUUGCGAGGAAAAAGUUUCUUUACCACCAAAGAUGGUCGUGUCGUCUGCGAGACCGAUUACAAGAUAUUUGAAGCCGCCCGCUGUGCCAAGUGCUAUGAGUCUGUCACCGGGGAGAUUGUGACCGCAUUGGACAAGAAGUGGCACCCGCAUUGCUUUGUAUGCAACCAUUGCCGUAAACCAUUCGGCGGAGAUGGCUUUAUGGUGAAAGACGAUAAACCAUACUGUAAGAAAGAUUACCAAGUGCUGUUCUGUGGUGGUAAAGACGUGAAGGUAGUCUCCUCGGACAUCUGCUAUGGAUGUGACCAGAAGCUUGGAUCUAAAUGGGUCGAAGCCAUGAACCAGAACUGGCAUCCAGACUGCUUCGUGUGCCAGAAAUGCAGAGAAAAGCUGUCCGGUGAAAAAUUUUACAACGAAAGUGGCAAGCCUGUCUGCACCAAAUGUGGUUAAAUCGACAAUGACACCGACUCGAAAUUUACAACCCAAUUCCAGUCCAUAGCUCGUAGAUAUGUAUAUUAGUUAAGCCUGGGUAGCCUGGGAUUACGUUGACACAUGCGCCCUCGUCAGGCGAAUCGUGCACAUGGUUAAGGGUUCAGUGUCCACAGAGGGUUCAAGUUGCUAGGUUAAUAUUGUUAGUAGGUAAUUAUUAGUAGCAAUAAUCAGAUUCAAUCUGGUUCAAUAAAUCCAUAGUGAUCAUACUUUUUAUAGCACAUCAUCGCGAUCCAAUGUAGUUAUCAUGCAAACUUGCCGAAAUGGAAAGGGAACAAAAUUAAUGCAAAUUGUCAUUGUAAACACAAUUGUGUUUAGAUAUUAAAUCGAUAUUUUAAAGUUCUCAGUGACAAGAACACUGCCUCAUAACUAUAUUGGCAUUUUUUUACGCAAUCAAAUAUGAAACUCAUCUCACAGCCCAUAACGAGUUUUAUCUUAUCACUUUUUUUUCCACUUUAUCAAGUGUUUUUUUGUGUAUGAAUUAACGUAACUGUUUCACUUCCUGCUAUUUUCCAAAGUACUUGAACAUUUUGGAUGGUUCUUCUGGUUAGUCUAUAUUUACCUUGAAAGGAGAUUGAGGUCAGGGGAGUAACAGUUAUCGAGUUGCUCUCUCAAUUUUCUAACUGUAGUAAUUCGUACUUACUACUUUGUGCCAAACUCGUGAAACUUCUAAGUUAUGGAGAUAUAAGGUAACGAUGUCAAGAUAUUUUUAAAACAAUUUUUAAAACAACAGUCUCCUAGACAUGUUUUUUUCUCCAAAAUUCUCCGGAGUAAAGGACUUUACGCAUUAUUAUGAUAUCGUAAGUUGAAAAACAUUCAUAAAAAUAUAAUAUAUGUAACCGUGUGGCAUAUUUGCUCAUUUUUAGCCCAGUCUUGUGCGUGGUAACCAUUAGGUACAGUCAAUGUCGUUUUCGAAGGCGACUGCAAGACAUUGUAUUGGGCCUUUUUAUUGACUGUUGAGCACUUGAGAGAUAAUAUAUCCUCAUUUCAAUAUUUACGAAAUACUAAUAAUGACAUUUUUACGAUAUUAUGAGUUUGAUUUUAAAGUCAACAGUUUGUCAGCCUUGGAAAUAAUGUGCAUUUGCUGCACAGACGCUGCUGCACGAAUACGUAUUAUGAGCUUACCGGACUGUCUUAUGUACUAUUAUCAAUAAAAGUGUUUCUGUGUCGGCGCCUUUCAAUUAAACUCACGGUUAAUUAGAUUAUACAAAUUAUUUAUAGGAAAACAAAUUUACAACAGUUUAUAUUUUAAUGAGCGAGUCUUAGUACAUGUGAUCCCCUGGCGCCAAGAGUGUCACCGUCUGACUAUACCUCUGACGACGUGAGUGCGCCCUCGGCGACCGUCGGUCGGGAAGACCUAUAAUGAGUAGGCCUGGGUAGUCGAGGUUAGAAGGUGGAUUCUUGGCGAUGGGUCUGUCACAAUAUGACUCUAUAGGCUAUAUAUAAAAUAAGAAUAAAUAAGUAUAUAAUAAAUAUAUAUAUAGAUUGCAUGAUUCGAUAAAAGCUAUUUCCUUAAAAAAAUUCAAACGAUGUCACCUUUGGCCUGCAUGAACACCUUGAUUUUUUUUAUUUGCUGGCAUUUCUUGUUUUCGGCACAAGUUGAGCACAUUGUAUAUUUUUGUUUAUUGGGAUAGGCUAAGCAAUAAAUAUUGUAUUUGUAACGGGGAA